CUCAUCUCGGAAUGGAUUCUUCGAUAUCUGAGUGCAAAAGCCAUUUUCAUACUAGAGCAUGGCUCACUCAAGCUGUAGUUCUUUGACCUUCCCUUAAACGCUUCCUAAUCAUUAUUCAUUCAUUACCAUUUACCAUUUUGUUAAGAGCAUACUCCUUCACCCUUCUAAUACAGAGGAGGAAUGAGCCCUGAAUCAAUUACCAUGCUUGCCCAAUCAAUCAAGGCUGUAUAUCAGGGCGAGUUUCUUUUACGACGUCUUCUUUCAUCGUUAGUUAUUGUGAAAGAUGCGAUAAAAAAGGUUACUUUAGCAUGGACUAACUUGCAGCAGCUGGAACCAAACAAAAGGAACCGAAUAGUGGAGUACUUUACUCCUUGAAACAUGAGGAAUCUAGAUUUGCGGCGCGGCGUUUAGAAUCAUCUAAUAGUAUUCCAGUUACAACAUAUCAUGUGGAUAAAAAUUAUAUGACUACCGUAGUCAAAAAGGGAAGCUUGAUUGAGAAUUGUUUAGCAGUUCUUGGGAGAAGUAUUGAUUUAAUCGGGAUUCAUGGACCAACGGUUGAUGAGGUGACUAAAGAUAUUGAUCUGACUGAUAAAACAUGCCUGAUUACCGGUGCAAACAGCGGGAUCGGAUUAGAGAUGACAAAAUGUUUAAGUUCUCGAAACUGCAAUGUACUUAUGGCUUGUCGCAAUCCUUAUGCGGCAAACAUUGUCGCUAAAAAUGUUUGUGGCAGCAGCGAGCGACUGAAAUUAUACGAGAUUAAUCUGGCGUCAUUGCGGUCGGUGAAAAAGUGUUCAAACGAGAUUCUGAAAGAUCAACCGAAAAUUGAUAUAGUCAUUUUGAAUGCGGCCGUUUUUGGAUUACCAUGGACUCUUACGGAAGACUCUUUAGAAACAACAUUUCAAGUUAAUUACCUAAGUCAAUAUGUUUUACUAAUGAAUAUCGAAAAAAUUCUUGCUCCAAAUGCUCGAGUCGUACUUGUGUCUUCGGAAUCGCAUAGACACGUAAGCUGGGACUUCAACCAUCAGUUAUCACCUACUCAAGCUAUGGUGUCACUGCCUAAGCAUGAGUACACUUCCAUAAGAGCGUACAAUAUUUCGAAACUGUGUGGUAUUCAUUUCAUGCACUAUUUGAGUUACCGUUGGUUGAACUCUGGUAAGUCGGUGUUCUGCGCUCAUCCAGGAUCCUUUGUGAAGACAAGACUGUGUCGGAACUGGUGGCCAUACGAAUUGCUUUACACCACUAUGAAGCCUUUUUCUAAAUCUAUAAGUCAAGCAGCUAGUACGCCAAUCUACUGCGCCACUUCGCCCGACCUGGAUGGGCUGUCCGACGCGUACUACAAGGACUGCAAGCGCUGCGAGGAGAGCGACCUCGCACAAGACUUACACUUGUCCUUCAGAAUCUACGACUUAACGAAAGCCAUUGUUCGCAACCGCAUUGCAGCCAGUGAAGACGUCUCCAGAGUCAAGGAAUCCGUCACCUUCCCGGACCAAACUAAACAUUCCAUCGACGAGAAUACCCUGGUGGCUAACUAUACUGGCUAACUAAUAUGUGGCAAUGUGUGCUCAUUUAAAUUGUGUGCUACAUUUAGGAUCCUUUUGUUUUGUUCAUUAAAAUUAGAAUAUGUUUUCGAACAAUAA